CGUGAGGAAGAGGCGGCCUCCCCCGCCGUCCCUUCCCCAACCCCCCCUUCCCCUCAUCCACCCCCGCUCCUCCCGCCGACCGGGACUCGCCCCGAACCGGGAGGCAGACGGUCGCUGCCCGCUCCUCCUCCUCCUCCUCCUCCUCCUCCUCCUCCUCCUCCUCCUCCUCCUGCAGCGGGGGCCGCAGCCUGCUGCCGGGGGGGAGGGAAUUGAUGUGGAGACCCAGCGCAGCACCAUGCAGCCCCCGCCGAGGAAGGUGAAAGUUACACAAGAGCUAAAAAACAUUCAGGUUGAGCAGAUGACAAAACUUCAGGCCAAGCAUCAGGCAGAAUGUGAGCUACUUGAAGAUAUCAGAGCGUUCAGUCAGAAAAGAGCUGCAAUUGAGAAAGAAUAUGCACAGAGCAUUCAGAAGCUGGCUAGCCAAUACUUGAAGAAGGACUGGCUUGGAAUGAAAGCUGAUGAACGAAGUGAUUAUAGGAGCAUGUACUCAGUUUGGAAAUCGCUUUUGGAAGGCACGAUGCAAGUGGCCCAAUCCCGACUCAAUAUCUGCGAGAACUAUAAAAACUUAAUUUCUGAACCAGCCAGGACUGUACGGUGCUUUAAGGAACAGCAGCUGAAGAAGUGCGUGGACCAGUUGACACGGAUCCAAGCUGAAUUACAAGAGACAGUAAAAGAUUUAGCUAAAGGCAAAAAGAAAUAUUUUGAGACUGAACAGAUGGCUCAAGCGGUGCGGGAGAAAGCUGAUAUUGAGGCCAAGUCCAAACUUAGUCUUUUUCAGUCAAGAAUAAGCUUGCAGAAGGCAAGUGUAAAGUUAAAAGCACGACGAUCCGAGUGUAACUCCAAGGCUAUCCAUGCACGGAAUGAUUAUCUUCUCACUUUAGCAGCUGCUAACGCGCACCAAGAUCGCUAUUAUCAAACGGACUUAGUAAACAUUAUGAAGGCUCUUGACGGCAAUGUAUAUGAUCACCUGAAGGAUUAUUUAAUGGCAUUCAGCAGGACUGAGCUAGAGACAUGCCAAGCUGUACAAAACACCUUCCAGUUUUUACUGGAGACUUCCAGCAGGGUGGUGCGGGAUUACAAUCUCCAGCUGUUCCUACAGGAGAACUCCGUCUUUCACAAACCGCAGCCUUUCCAGUUCCAACCGAGUGACAGUGACACUAGUUUUAACGCCGUUCAGCUGGUGGAUAUUGAGCCCUCCCCUGUCAGUGCCAUGAGAAUGACUAUAGCAGAGAGUCGACAACUGGAAUCGGAAACUGGAACGACUGAAGAGCACAGCCUCAACAAGGAGGCUCGGAAAUGGGCUACCCGGGUAGCCCGGGAGCACAAAAACAUCAUCCACAGUCAGCGGACACUUGAGGAGCUCGAAUGCCACGGGCCUGUGAUGUCUGAGCAAACCCGAGCAGAACUAGAGCAGAAAAUAGAUGAAGCCAGAGAGAGCAUUCGCAAGGCUGAGAUAAUUAAGCUGAAAGCAGAAGCCCGUCUUGAUCUGCUGAAGCAGAUCGGUGUGUCUGUGGACACCUGGCUAAAAAGCGCAAUGAACCAAGUGAUGGAAGAACUGGAGAACGAACGCUGGGCCAGCCUGCCUUCGGUGACCAACAACGGCUCUUCACACCUGAUUAAUGCCGAUGCAGAAAAGGAAGAAGGCGAAGAGUUUGAAGACAGCAUGGAUGUGUUUGAUGACAGUAGUUCUAGUCCUUCUGGUACUCUAAGAAAUUAUCCUCUCACCUGCAAAGUUGUUUAUUCAUAUAAGGCUUCUCAGCCGGAUGAAUUGACCAUAGAGGAACACGAGGUAUUGGAGGUUAUUGAAGACGGAGAUAUGGAAGACUGGGUGAAGGCACGGAACAAAGUGGGGCAAGUGGGUUACGUGCCAGAGAAGUACCUGCAGUUCCCGACGUCCAGCAGCCUGCUGAGUAUGCUACAGUCCCUCGCCGCACUGGAUACUCGCUCCCACACCUCAAAUAACUCCACCGAGGCUGAUUUAGUCACAGGCAGCCUGAAUGGAGACUCCAGUGUCUGUUUUGUAAAAGCACUUUAUGAUUACGAAGGCCAGACAGAUGAUGAGCUGUCCUUCCCGGAAGGAGCCAUCAUCCGCAUCCUGAACAAGGAAAAUCAAGAUGAUGAUGGCUUUUGGGAAGGAGAAUUCAACGGCCGCGUCGGGGUGUUCCCAUCAGUAUUAGUUGAAGAGCUGACGGCCUCAGAAAAUGGAGAGACUCAGUGGAUUGGAGAUAUUCAGGUAUCCCCAACUCCGAAGCCUAAUAACGCCCUUCCACCGCUGCCGCUCUACGACCAGCCUCCCACUAGUCCCUACCACAGUCCGGAUAAAAGAGGUUCUCAGUUCUUCCCCAGGUCGCCGACAACUAACGAAAACAGCUUCAGUUCAGAGUCUCCUGGCUUCUCCCAGCCUCCGCGAAUUCCCCCCGAAACUUCCUAUGGCAAACUGCGACCUGUGCGAGCGGCUCCGCCACCCCCUACUCAGCAUCAUCGCCGGACAACGGAGAAGAUCGAGGACGUGGAAAUCACUCUGGUGUAACGAUCGGACUAGUUCAGUAGUAGUGCUACAAUCAAGACCAAACGCGAUAUUUGGUCAAUCUCAUUUUUAGGCACCUUUGCAUGAUGAAGACUUUAAAAUAGAGCAAGAGAUAGGGAGGGUUUUCUGUGGCAGUGACAUGGUGGAUUCCUUCCCACGGUCAUGAAUAUUUUGUGCCUUUUUUUUUUUGGUUGUCAUUUUGAUUUGUAUACAUCGUUCUUCCUCUCUUAGCACAAACCGAGACGGGCCAAACAGCGAGCGGAGGAUUGGCUCGGAGCAGGUUUCUCUCUUGGCUGAAAACGGUCAAUUUUUCUAGGGAGGCUGCGGAAAAAAAGCCUCAUUCAUGCAACUUAGUCAUCGCGUAUUCCCAUCCCGUGCAUUAGUACAGUAUAUUACUGUUGCCAUAGGAAUGUGUUAAAAGAUUGUCAGUUCUUCAAGUAGCGUGAACUUGUCUGAUUAGGUAUUAAUCAGAGCUUGCGGAAUGAAAAAGGGAACUGAAAAACAGAAGUAUAAGGAGAGGCUGGCUCCUCUUUAACCCCCUUGCAGAAAGGAAGAAACAGGAAAAUACUCGUAGAGGUAGGGAAAAGUGAUGCGGAUCACAUGGCGUUCGUUGCGUUAGUGCACACCCCUUCACUAAUUAACAGUUAAACAGAACUAAAUGUUCUUUGUAUUAAUAUUUAUGCAGUACAUUUAGUAAUACAGUAUCUAAUAUGGAGGUGCUGAAUUAGUAGCAACAUCUUGUUCCAUAGCAUAAACCAACUGGUAGAAAAGUGAGAUUUUUGUCUAGAUCUGGAAAUUGAGCUGCUUUUUUUUUUUUUUUUUUUUUUCUUCUUAGCAGAUUUGGGGGGUUUGGUUUUGUUUCGUUUUGUUUUUUAAGUACUUGGGGUCGUUCUUAUCCCAGUUAUUGUACUUUAUUAUCCGAGGUUAGCAGUAUAGCUUUGUCAUCAACACGUCUGGCUAGAGUUAGAAGUUAAAUUUCGAGUAUUUACACGCGUUAUUUAGUUUUCGGAUGGUCCUGGAGCGUUUUUCCCUGCGAAGCCCGUUGACGUGCCAAAGCCAGAGCGCCAGGAAGAGCUCCGGCUUCUGCGAAGCCUUCAGGCCGCCUUCGCGGCCAGGCCUACGGGCUCCAGUUACUCUUGGAAAGGAGAGAGUGAAAGAAUUCCGAAAGGCAGUUGCCAUCGGAGAUGGGGGAAAAGGAAGCUUUUGGUGCUGUCGUUUGAAAGGGCCAAGGAGAUUGGGAACCGUAACGUGGAAACGGUCAGAGGAGAGGGAAAAACUGGAUGAAAGCAGUUUGUUUUUUUUUUUUUUUCUUUAGGUGCGCUCACUAAAUUAUUUUCAGCAAUCUCCCGUCAGAUCAAAGCUUCGGUUAAAAGGCAUCACAAAGUGGGUUUUUUUGAGCUGUUCUAUGGGUUCUGUUGAACGCGCUGUUAUGUCUUCUUUUUUAUUUCUAAACCAGUAAGUUUUCUACCUUUAGUUUACUAACAAGGGCUAUUUUUUGAGGCUGCAUUUACAAAAAAAAAAUCAAAAUCCAAAUCAUCUAACAAGAUUAUGUCAUCAGUUUUGCACGUACCUGUCAAUCCCGAGCCAGGCUGGGGCUCUGAGACGUCCGUGGUUUUGCCAAUCUCCUUUCCCAGGGGGAAUCUUCCACCGAGAAUGGGGCUGUUGGAAGAAAAUAAUUCCUGGAUCAGUUCUGAAACCGCUGACUGCCCAGCGAAAUCUUUUCCGUAAUUUUUUCAUUCUUUUUGCACCUCUCGUCCUGUUGAUCUGUUCGAGGUCUUUUUAUGUGUUUAUCAAACUUAUUCUUAAGUUUAAAAAAAAAAAAAAAAAAAAAGACGUUUUUAAAAAAAAAAAAAAAGAUUUUAACUUGUUUGCAAAAAUUUUGAGAGCUUCACGACGCGGAAGAAAAGCGAGUUUUGCCAUAACCUUCACGUUCGAUUUCUUUGGCCAGUUUUUUCUGUGUCCUUCAUACCCGGACUUUCAAAAUUCAGAAAGUGUUAUUUAAAGUCUCUUUUAGUUGUAUUUUAAAAUAUUUUCUGUAAGAGCUGCUAAUUUUAUUUAAAAAGGUUAAAACAAAAAAAAAAAAAAAACCACAAAAAAAAACAACCCAACAAAAAAAAAAAAAAAAAGAAGAAAAGUUGUAAAAAUAUGCCUCCUUUUUAACUAUGGUUUCUUCAUACAGGGCAUGUAUUCGACGUAUCAUCCUGUACAGCGUCAGUACACUGAAAGCAUCGGUGCAAAUGCUUUCUUUAUAUUGGCUGUAAAAAGUUUGUAUUUAUUAUGUAUAAAAAGUUGAAUAAUAAAAAAAGUGGAAC